AGAGUCCUCCUUGAAGGUCUCGUAGUCGGAUAGCGCUCUGCCAUUUCGUUGAUUUUGCCGAUUAUCGGCUUGUUGUGAGCCUCGAGCGGGAGCGAUCUUCAUUCAGAAGAGCUUUCGUCGAUAUCAGUGUCAACAUGUCUCGGAUGCUACUCAGCGGUGUCCCGCGGAGACUCGCUCAAGUUGCGGUCCGCCAGUUCCAUGCGACUCGAAAUCUGAACAAGCAUCUGACCACGGAGAUCAAAAAUGGCGUUGCCGUUGUCAAGAUCGACUCACCUGGUGCCCGAGUCAACGUGUUGUCUAAAGAACUCAUGUUGGAGGUGAAUGAAACCAUGGCCAACCUCAAAUCGAAUUCCGCAAUCAGUUCGGUCGUUCUGAUAAGCGGCAAAAAAGGUUGUUUCAUAGCCGGAGCGGAUAUCACGAUGCUGGAAUCUUGCAAAUCCGUCGAAGAGGCCAAGAAGCUAGUCACCGACGGACACAAAGUACUGCAAGAAAUCGAAGAUUUCCCCAAACCUGUCGUGGCCGCCAUAAUGGGCUCGUGCUUAGGAGGGGGUCUCGAAACCGCGCUGGCCUGUCAUUACCGGAUCGCCAUGAACGACAGCAAGACGGCGCUCGGACUCCCUGAGGUGAUGCUCGGAGUUCUUCCCGGUGGCGGGGGCACGCAGCGACUCCCAAAACUCGUUCAGCUCCCCACCGCUCUCGACAUGAUGCUGACGGGGAAGAGCUUGAAGGCGAAUAAAGCGAAGAAAGCCGGCUUCGUCGACGUCGUCAUCGAGCCCCUUGGUCCUGGAGUCAAGUCCGCAGAGGACCGCAUGAUGGAAUACCUGGAGGAGGUAGCCUGCAACGCUGCUCGUGAUCUCGCCUCCCAGAAGCUCAAAGUCAAUCGGACGAGACCGCUGUCCGAGAAAGUCCUAGCCAAGGCAUUGCAGUUCAACUUCGUCAGAGACUACAUUUUCGAUAAGGCGAAGGGUCAGGUGAUGAAAUUGACAAACGGGCUGUACCCGGCUCCCUUGAGAAUCAUCCAGGUCAUCAGAGCCGGACUCGAGAAGAGCAAAGCCGAAGCUUACGAAAUCGAAGCGCAGAAUUUCGCCGAGCUCUGCAUGACGACCGAGAGCCGGGGACUCAUGGGGCUCUACCAUGGACAGGUUCAAUGCAAAAAAAUGUUCGGCAAACCCGAGCGAACUACUCAAAACGUCGCUGUGCUGGGAGCUGGUUUGAUGGGCGCAGGUAUUUGUGAGGUCUCUCUGAAGAACUUCGACAAAGUCAUCAUGAAAGAUGCUUUCCCCAAGGGCUUAGUCAGAGGCCAGAAUCAAAUCGAUGAAAACCUCAGCAAGAAAGUCAAGAGGAAGAGGCUCUCCGGCUACGAGAAAGACAAGCUCAUGUCUGGUCUUCUCCCGACCCUCGAUUAUUCGAAGCUCAAGGAUGCCGACAUGGUGAUCGAAGCCGUUUUCGAAGAUCUCGCUGUCAAGCACAAAGUUGUGAAAGAGGUUGAAGCUGUAGUCCCGGAGCACUGUGUCUUCGCUUCGAACACGUCUGCGUUACCCAUCACGAAAAUUGCCGAGGCAUCGAAAAGACCUGAGAAGGUUGUUGGUAUGCACUAUUUCUCGCCCGUAGAUAAGAUGCAACUCCUCGAAGUCAUCACCACUGACAAGACGUCGAAGGACACGGCGGCUGCCGCUGUCGACGUCGGUCUGCGUCAAGGCAAAGUAGUCAUUGUCGUGAAGGACGGUCCAGGAUUCUACACGACGAGGAUCCUUGCUCCCAUGAUGUCGGAGGCGAUGAUCCUGCUCAUGGAAGGAUGUCCCGUCAGGGAUCUCGACAAGCUCUGCAAGGACUUCGGAUUUCCCGUGGGCGGAGCCACCCUGCUCGAUGAGGUUGGUAUCGACGUCGGAGCUCACAUCGCCAAGUACCUCGGGACCGUGUUUGGGGAGCGUCUGACCGGUGGGGCCAACGCCGCGCUCAUGGAAGAAAUGGUAUCGCAGAACUUCCUCGGACGGAAAUCCGGGAAGGGUUGCUACAUCUACACUCCCGGCGUCAAGGACCGAGCGGUCAAUCCAGGAGUCGAAGCCAUGCAAGCUAAAUACGCCAAGCCGAAGAGUAUGGAGAACACCACCGAACAGAUGCAGUACCGUUUGGCGACUCGAUUCAUCAAUGAAGCUAUAAUGUGCCUCCAAGAAGGAAUACUCGCCAACCCCGUCGAGGGAGACAUUGGCGCCGUUUUCGGUCUCGGUUUCCCGCCAAACCGUGGAGGACCGUUCCAUUUCGUUGACACGUACGGAGCGGACAAAAUCGUUAACUGGAUGCAGCAGUUCCAGGAGAAGGUCCAUCCCAAGACCUUCGAGCCUUGUCAGCUGCUCCUGGACCAUGCAAAGGAUCCGUCGAAGAAAUUCCAUGCCAGGAACAAGUAAUGCAGCGAUUCUUCUGACACGAGCGGAGUCGACGGCGGCGACAGCGUCGAGCACGACCACAUUUUGAUCAAGUCGAGUCGUUUCUGAUGUGCCUUCGCAUCCAGCCGUCUGACGUGCAAUGUGAACGACGAACCGGACCAUCAUCUGGAAUCAAUCAGUUGACGCAAAGAACUAAAAGAACGACCGAGAGAGAAUGGGUACCUAUAUUUUGGAACGAGAGUCAGUGGUUUGUUGUAUAAGAUGAUUGUCCUCGACCGAGGGGGAGGGGCUUCCCGUAAGCGCCAAGCCUUGCGAGUAUGAAGUUUGACAGAGUAUAGUUUUAUGCAGAAUUGAUGAGAGGGAUUUUUCAGCGAAUAUAUUCAACGACAGCUAUAAAAUUUUCUUGUAGACAA